UGAGGAUGCUGAGUCACUGGUUCAUCACUCAAUGAGUUGGGUUGAAUGGGAAUUUGUAAACCACAUUUCCCCAGACUAAGACCAACGAUCUUCAACUUGUACACCUGUCAGAGUCCAGCCCUCAGAGGAGGAGCAAGUGGAGCAGGACGCUCCUGCCCCAGGACUAGAGGUGCCCACACCAGAUGACUGCGUUCCUGGCUGGCACUGAACCUCCCCAUCUCCAUUUCCUCCAGGGCAGAGCAGGUGGCAAGCCAGCCAGAAGCUUCAAAGCCCAGCUAGCUGUGUGUGAGACUAUUCUAAAGGAGGGGAAAGGGUCUGGCUGAUAUGCAGGAAAAGAUGGAACCUCCCAUCCCCAUUUCCCUAAGUUCGCAGCCUGAGCUGGUUUGUUGCUGAAGCAAAAACUCUUCGAAGGUCCAGCCUUCCUGACCCAGGGAAAAGGACAUCAUAUUUGUUCUGGUUCAGUUGCAGGACAGCAAGAGUUCAGUCAGCGAUUUCUGAGGCUUGCCCAACUUGCCUUGACUAGUGAGAAAAUCUGGAUGUUGCUGUGCCAUUCACCAAGAUCUAUCUGGAUCUCCACCGUGAACUGAUUGAAGAAAGAUGCAAAGGGGAUAAAAUGGUUCUAUCUAUCCAUCAUCCUUAGAUCAAUGGCAAUUUAAAGUAUGGAUGAUCCACUCAGAUUUACACAUCUCUCUUGCACACUCAUGCCUCAUGACUGGCCGACACACACAGCCCUACACAGACGAGACAGGCAGAGAGUCCUCAUUCGACGGCAUUUCUGAACCGAGUGCGGAAUUAUUGCACGCUAAUUGCGCGGCGACCACCAAAUCCACCCACGCCCAAGCCGCAUUCGUUCUCACGUGCAAGCCUCCCUCAAGCAACCACACCAUCCAAAGAGCCUGCGAUCCGCUUGUGCAUGUCGGCAGUUCGUAACCCCCCUCGAUUCCCCCUCUUCUCGGGGCUAUAUGUGGCGUUUGGAAGCUCUGACAAUCUGUUCUAAAUGUUUUCCAUAUUUGUUCAGCCUCUUCGAUUCAAAUACCAGAAACGAGUCAGCCAGCACAAAGGGAAGCUUCGAGUGGGGGCAAUUUAGGGGGGGGAACAACCCCCCAAAACACGCCCAUCGGCCAAUUAAAAAAAAGUAGCUUAUCAACAUGGGAAAAGAAGAGAAGAACGGUCAGACCAACACGUCCCCUAAUAACCUGAACCAGGCAGGGAAAGCCGAAAAAGAGAAAAGCAACGAGCCCGCCAAGGAGCAAGAAGCAGCAAUGAAAAAGAAGAAAGCCAACGGGGAUCCCAAAGCGGGCCAGGAAGAGGAAGCUCACACGUGCUGUGGCUGCCGAUUCCCGCUGCUGGUUGCUUUGUUGCAGCUGGCUUUAGGCGCCUCUGUAACAGUGCUGGGCUUCAUUAUGGCAGGCAUCAGCUCUUCUUUGCUAGUCAGAGACACUCCAUAUUGGGCUGGCAUAAUUGUCUGCAUCGUAGCCAUACUGGGAUUAGUGAUGCUUUGUGUUUCUUACCAACCGGAUGAGAAGACCUGCACCCAGUUUGCCAUCAAGGUUGCAUACUUCCUGCUGAGUGCUCUGAGUCUGAUUGUCUGUGUUUUGGCAGUGGCUUUUGCUGCCUACUGUUAUUCCCAGAUCACACAGUUUACUUGUGAAACCUCCGUUGAGACCUGCCAGUGUAAACUGGAUACAGUGGAUCCCCUCAGCAGAACCUUCACGUACGAGAAUGUAUCUGACUGUACCUCCAUCACCGGUACUUUCAACCUUUACUUGCUGAUCCAGAUAGUGCUCAACCUCCUUGCAGCCAUUGUGAGCUUCGCAGCAUGUUUUGUGAUGUGGAAAGACAGAUACCAGGUCUUUUAUGUGGGCAUCCGGUUACAGUCAUUAACUACUACUGGAGUCCAACGACAGAAAGUAUAGGGAUUUGGGGUGUGUUGAGAAGAGCAGUAGAUGGUCAUUAUAUCACCACCAAAUGAAUGGAGGUUUAUGAAACUGGAGGUGGGGGAGAGACAAGGAAGACAGACUUCAUGAAUAAUUAGUUUAGAGAAAUUAAGAGAAAUGUAUUAUCUGAAGUUUCUAUGAAAACAAUUGCCAGGCACUCUGCCACAUCCUCUGGAUGCACCAUAGAGUUAAGGAGAUCCAAAUAACACAAGGCAUUAUUUGAAUGCCAUCUAUCUGUGAUGCACUGCUUUCAUUGCACAUUCCCAUCUACAUUCUGGUGCAACUAAUCAUGGGUAAUACCUUUUUAAAAGUGCAUCUCUAGCUGGAUUGACGUGGUAAUGUGUUACCUUGUGGUUGCUGGUCCAAGAGGUAAUGAGUGCAUUUACCUCUAGGUAGCAGUAGCUCAAGAGGGUAAGUGUGGCCUACUUCUAGUGUAAUAUGAGGACCAAGGACAGCUACUCCAGGAUUAAAUGCCCCAAAGGUAAAGCCCCAUGUUUGUACAGACCCUUUCCCCCUAAAAUAUAUUUUACACAGGUAGGUUUUCAAUUCAUAGAAUUGCACAGAAUGCUGCCCCAUUUAUAUUAUCCUCAGCAGUAGCUUAGUUGCCCUGUCCGCCAUGGUUCCUCAAAAUAAUAUGCAUAUCUUUUGCUGAGAUAGUUAGGUCAAACUGCAUGGUUAUGCUCAAUGGUGGAAUACUGUAUACCAUUACCAGCAUGGGAAUAGCCAUGAAAUGUGUCCUAAGCACCAGGAUAUGCAGUGCCACUGAAAGUAAAGUGUAAACCAGCCCUAUCAUAAAAGGAAGCUUCUACGGAGUGGUCUCCUAAUGGUUUUAGAUCCUCAUAUGUCUUUUGUUCCUCAUAUUUGUUUCCAUAUAGCACUAGCAUAAAUAGGCCAAAUACCUGAUAAAUUCACUUCUAUAAAGUAACAGUUGACUUCCAUAAAGGCUGCUGGGAUUCAUCCCAACAUUGCUAUUGCCCCAGUAGCAGUGACACAUCUGGAACUUGGACUUAGCUGAAUCCACCACAUAUACUGUUGACUUCCUGAUGCUCCCUGCAUACACAGACGGCUUUCCCCAAAAAGGUAGUAGCGUUCUUGCAAGAAGGAAAGAUUUUAAGUUAGACAAGAGGCACCCAGAAAAUAGACAGAAGGACCAGGAAGUAGAAUAGCACUUUGGUGGAAAUAUCUGGGUAGAUCCAACCUGGUGCUUGGUGAUAGUCAUUCAGAAGCUUAGCAAGUGGUACCUCUAAAUGUGGUAUGUGGGUGUGAGAGUCAUCUGUGACCUCUAACAUCACUAUAAAGACAGUGUUUCCUAGGCUGUAACUCUAGGUUUAAUUUCAUGGUCAGAGAUUACAAAUGCUCAUUUGUCCAUAUGAGGAAAUGCACCACAUGGCAAAUCUUUGAGAAUCAGAUUUUUUUAAAAUACAAAAUAAUCUUGUACUGAAGUUAAUGGUGAAAAUUCCAUUGACUUCACCAGAUCUGGUAACUCCCACUGAAAACAAUGACUAGUUUUCAAGCUUUUUAAAAGUUGCCAGUAGGAGUUAAGCACAUUUACAUCAUCUCUGGAUUAUACCUUUCAUCUCUUUCAUAGUUAAAUUACUAUAAGUCUGUAGUUUACAUAUACCCCCAACCCAUAGUAUUAUCUGAAAAUAUACUAAUGGAGAAUAUUAUACAGCUGAAAAAAUGUGUAACUUAAACAAAGUGAGGAGAACAACAGUUUAUUUGCUGGAAAUGUGAUCUUUGUAGAAGUACAGAAGGCAAUAAUGACAGCGCAAUCCUGUGCAUGCCUGCUUAGAAGUCACUCCCAUUAAGUUCAACCAGAUAUACUUCCACGUAAAUGUGUAUAGGACUGCAGCCAAUCUCAAGAAGAAUCUAUUGAAACCAGAGCAGGGGUAGCCAAUGUGGUGCCCUCCAGAUGUUGCAUUACAGUUAUAACUCCCAACAGCCUCAGACAUCAUGGUCAGUGGUCAGGGAUGAUGGGAGUUGUAGUCCAAUAAAUCUGGAGGAUACCACAUUGACGGUUUCUGAGCUAGAGGAUACCAUUGUCCUGCUACAUUAGAUCAAAGGUGUAAGUAGUCUAGGACCUUAUUUUCCACUGUUGCCAACCAGACGCCUUUGAGAAGUCCACAUGCAGCAUAUGAGGGCACAGUAGCCCAUGCCCACUAUUGUUCCUAAACGUGCCCGUAUUCUGAAAUAAGCAUAUAGAAGGUAGCAUUUGACUAAGAGCUAAAUCCAAAAUUUAGCUGUUGUGGCAAAACACUUUGUAUUUAAUUUCUUUACUUUGCAUUCCCUCUCCUCUUUACCAUCUCCAUCACUGCAACACAGCUAGAAUAGAGUGCAGAAACCUCAAUCAACCCAUUUUGCAGAACAGAAUGUAAGGCCACAGGUGCAAGGUCACUUCUUGAACUUAGUUGGAUAGAAACUACACUAGAAAGCCUGACUUACUGCCCUUUAAUAGUGUUCAAAACCUGCCACCUGAAGCAACUGCCUCACUCAUCUAGAGACGGUCACAUAUAAACACUGCUACAAUGGAACAUAAGGUCAUGCUUUUGAGAUGUUACAUUACAAGAGCCGUAAGGAUACCCUGUUCUCCUAAAUACAUAAAUCUACUUAAUUCCAAGUUGCAGGCAAUGAGACUUAUACUGUGAUCUUAAACCCAUUCACCUGGAAAUAAACCCCACUCGUAAAAGAGCUUACAUCUUGUGCAAGAAUGUUGAGGAUGGCAGAUUACAUUAAAAAGCAAUUCUCCUUAACUGUGUUGUGGAUUAAGUUGUUAGACUGCAUCAGAGCUUGGAAAAGUUACUUUUUUUGAACUACAACUCCCAUCAACCCAAUCCAGUGGCCAUGCUGGCUGGGGCUGAUGGGAGGUGUAGUUCAAAAAAGUAUCUUUUCCAAGCUCUGGAUUGCAUUGUAGACUUCUGUAGCUGGCAGGAUACAGGGGCUAUUCCAACAUGAUUUAUAGGUGUACGUCUUAAAGCCUACCUGCUAAGAUGCUAUGAAAGCUUAGGUAAAAGUCUGCUUUCACUGCUGUGAUACAGAAUCAGCACUGAGUACUAAGAUAUGACAAAAUACUUUCGUUGGCAACUUCAGGAGAACCUUUCCAGCUGAAAGGGCUUGAUUCAGUUGCAUGCAGCAUUGCUCUCCAACACGCGCAAACAGGUACAUGAGGAACAUGAAGAGAGUUACUCCUUAGUCAGAGGUCUUCUGGUGCUGAUGGCCUGCAAAUGUCCGUUUUUAUCAUCAUGGCAACAGAACAACCAUCUCAUCAUCUGAUGGCAAGCCCAGAUGGUGCCUGCCUUAUAUAAGCCAUAAAAUACAGAGUUUUGCACAAACCACAGCCGCCAACAAAAGCACUAAACUGUGACAUGAAGUGGAAGUCCUGGGAGAGGCCUCUCUCUAUGUGAUAGCCGAGGAAGACAGCAAACAGUGUUUGCCGGCGAUGCCCACUCCUCCAGACUGUGCCUUCACAUGAUAGCCAUCUGCGCCUUGCCAACUCUGUCCAGCUCUGCGUGGGAAGCUCCUUGGAGCUCUGCCUGAACAGAGCUACAGCAGAACUCUGGAAAAUGUACACAACACGACUAACAACUCUCUCUUCUCCCUCCCCCAUACAAGCACACACACACUCCUACCAUUGUCUGCCAAAUGGUGUGAUAUUUUUCUCGGAGCUUCUUAAUGUUACGUUUGCAAGUUGGCUCAAAAAAGCUACUGUGCUCUUUAUUCUAUAUUUAAAGCCCAGUCUAUCAGGAUCCCUCCCCUCCCCUCUUUGAAAUGUCUCCAAUCUCCGUCCUGCCUCCAUGCUUAUGUUUGGAAUGUGUUUUUAAAUAUUAGUACAGGGUGUGGAUGGGGGGUAUUCAGGGGGAGUCACUGAGGAACAACGGUUAAAGACUGCUGAAGCAUGAAGAUUACGAACCUUCUUUGGGAGUUUGUUAAUGCGAUGCUUUUUUCUUCUAAUAAUAAUAAUGUUCACACUUUGUAUGUGUUCAGUAGAUCAAAUGCUCAAGUGGAGAAAAUAUAUAUUCUGCAAAAGCAAUACUAUCUGUCCCAGCCUUUGGCCCUGAAGGCCACAGUCUUCAAAACUGUGUUUCAGGGGACACUGGCAUUUUUUGGAAGGGUUCUGAAGGGCAAAGGCUGGUAAUGGCAAUAGUUUGGCCAUCGCUACCUAUCUACAGUGUGAAGCCAGAGGGGAGUGGAACAUGCCCCAGGAGCCUCUGUAACAAAUAGGAGUGAUAUGCAGGGGUUCCUUAGCAGAUUAUUAAAUGGGGAAAGGGUUGUGUGAAGGUCAAAAGUCUGCUAGUUACUGUUCUAAAGUACUGGUCUUCAACUGGGCAGUUGUGAACCAUCAUGGGGUUGAUAGGACCUAAAGUAGGCUGCAAUGGUAGCGCUGUCACCAUCUUUAAAAAGGUUGUGUUGUCCGGUCCGCUUGACCCACCCUCGGUUUUAUUUCACCUUCUCCUUAGCCUUCCUCUCUCCCUCUGACACCUUAUAUAUAUAUAUAUAUUUCCUCUUAGAGCUAAUUUGGAUCAUAUCUAUCUAAAUACUCAUCAAUUAUGUAGUGGUUAACCAAAAUGCAUUUACAACUAACCCUAUGCAUAACUACUCAGAAGUUUAAAUCCCAAGUUCAUUGUGACCUAUUUUUAUGUAAAUGUGCACAGAAGUGACUCUCUAGAAUAGUGGCGGCUAGUGGCUCCAUGUCAGUGGGACAGUGUUAUCUGUUUUGGGUUGUAGACAGUUCCUUGAGAGUUUGGACUAAAACUCGGAGUAAAUUCCAUUGCCCCACUGACAUGGAGUUACCUGCCACUACUGCUGCAGAAUAUGUAUACAGGGUGUGUUAGUAGCAACCUACUAGCUGCAGCACAUUUUCUCACUUGAGCAUUACUAGACACUGCAGUUAUGGGGAUGUUAGAGAUAGCUUAGUUAUUAUGGUAUAUAAAGCAAAGCCCCAGUUACAUUUAGAGUCCUAUAAUCUAAGGUCUGCCUGCCUCCUUCAGCAUGUCCAACAGAACUUUGCACAAGCAUGUAUAUCACGUCCUUUCAAAUCCCUUGAGGCAGGGGUAGCCAACAGGGUGCUCUCCAUCUGUUUUGGACUGGAAGUAUCAUCAGCCCCAGCCAUCAUGAUCAGGUCUGAUGGAAGAUAGAGUUGCCUACAUUGAAGGCUUCACAGCUGUGGGUAAGAACUGGCUGGUGAAAAACAUUUUGUCUGAGGUGUAAGGUAAUGUGUCUCUCCCUGUGGUGCCAAAUCAGUGAUGGCUUAUUCACACAGGUAAGUCAGAGUAGGGUAGACUGCUAGACAGCACAGUUGUUGAGCAAGGAAAUGCACAAGUGAACCGGGGUCCUAUCUGCACUGUACAUUUAAAGCAGUAUCAUAGCACUUUAAACAAUCAUGGCUUCCCCCAAAGAAUCCUAUGAAGUGUACUUCGUUAAGGGUGCUGAGAGGAGACCCCCUAUUCCCCUCACAGAUCUACCAUUUUCAGAGUUUCCAGGGAAGAGGGAUUGAUUGUUAAACCACUCUGAGAACCAAGGGUGUAAUCGUCCAAGGUCUCAGGGGGUCUUAGACUCUUCACUUUUUGGGAAGCAGAGUCCCAGCAAGGUCCCUAUGCUUCCAGCAUCCCAUGACCCAAGCAGCAUGAAAGGGAAGUGUGUUAGCCACUGAGAAGAGUCUUCUAACAUGCUUCCUUCUUUCCUGCUGAUUGGAGCCAAUCAGAGUGCAAGGAGGUACGUCAGCCACUGAGAAGACUCUCUUCAGUAGCUAACACUCCUUUCAUGUUGAUUGGCUCCUAGGGAUGUCUGUUGUUGUAGGAGAAGGCAUGCACAAGAAUCUCAUUCUGAACCCAGCAGCAAAAAAAAAAAAGUGGUGGCUGUGAAGGGACCCUGCACUUCUGAAUUUACCACUACGCUAGUGCUGAGAACUGUAGCUCUGUGAAGGGAUAGGGGUCUUCUAACAACUUUCAGCACCCUUAACAAACAACAGCUCCCAGGAUUCUUUGGGGGCAGCCAUGACUGUUUAAGGUGGUAUGAUACUGCUUUAAAUGAAUAGUGCAAAUUGGGACAGGGUCGGAGAAAGCAGUGGUGUUCAUGUUCUUCAAUCUAAUUGCCAUCGAGGUGGUAAACCUUGUCUGGGCUGUACCACUUCAGACUGAAGGUAGAAACUUACAUGUCUGAAUACUCCAUACAAAACAUGUAUAUGCAUAGAAAAUAGAGUUAAAACAGCCAUACAUUGAAGCUAAAACCCUUCUCUGCUAUUUUCUAUGUGCUGGAGUUUUUCUUGUUUUGGUGUGCAGAAGGGUUCCAUCACUACAGCCUAUCGUGCAAUAUGAAGUUGUAUAGGCCCAGAAACAGGUUUGUCACCUCAAUGAGAACUAGGCUUCAGUUGCAAAUAAAUUUAGAAUGCUGGCCACCAGCAACAUGGCAGAGUUCAGAUGUGAGACGGGCACAACUGGUAGAGAAAGAGGGUUUGCAACUGACAGGGGUGCCAGGCCAGGUUUCAAGUGAAGAAAGAGAACUAGAGAGAACCCUGGUUUCUGGUCAACUAAUUAAUGAAACAAAUCAACAAACAGGGUUUAUAACUGGCAGUAGUUCCGAGUCAUGUUUCCAGCAGAGGUGGGAACAAGAUUCCAAGAAAGAUUCAAAUACCCUCCCUUGGAUACAUUCAAGAUUGAAUAACAAAGGGCAGGACAGUUUAAGAACAGUUAUUGUGAUUACUCCCAAUGUGCCUCAUAAUAACAACCAAAGCAAAGUUAUCAACACAAAGUUAUAACCUUUUUUUUUAAGCAACCAGACGUAUGCCUUUAGAACAAGUAGUUACUACAUAGGCCCAUUUAAUAGUUUGUAAACAAUCACUCAGGGUCUAGCACCAGUUUGCCAGAAAUGUAGAUGGUCCCAAGGAAUAAUCCCACAGUCAAUCAAUCAAUCAAUCAAUCAAUCCCACAGUCUGAAACACAAGGGCACCCCCUGCUGGCCUUUCAAUAGACUUCCUUCCACCAUGUACGCAUCUACUAGUAGAGACACUUACUGUUCUGCCGGUUCCAGUGCAUCUCCACCUCUCUCUUCUGAAAAUGGGUGCACAAAACGCUGGUCAAACCCCACCCCUUUUACUGUAAAAUCUGGUGAGAUCAGCUUGAGUGCAUUUUUUAAACUAUUUGCUUCAAAGAGAAUUCACAACUGAUAGGCAGAUCAACCCGUUCCCCCUCCAGGUGUGGCCAACGGAAAUGCUUUGCCAUAGGUGACUAGUGUGUUCACAGCCUACAUUUUCCAUGUACAUCUUCCACAACUCCAUGAUUUCCACACAUCUACUUCCCAAGCUGAUUGCUUUUGCAUUAACCCAACAGCACACUCAUACAAACCUCAAUCUUCCCAACAGACUCCUCUCCCGGACCUUUCACCAGCCCCUUUCCCUUCUGUUCCACCCUCCUCCAACUCUGACAUAGCCAAGGGGAUCUUUACAGCAACAGUGAGAGAAUUCAAUGUUUCUGUUGUCAUUUGGUUACUAAUGACCUUUCCUUCUGCUCAGGUUUCACUGCUUUCCUUUCAGUUUCCACUAAUCUGGACUUUCCACCAGCUGCAGAGAUCUCUAUAUCAUCAGGCUUGCUUUGACUAGCAAAGAAGAAUUGUGAGGGACCAAUUGUUGUCAGGAAGAACUUGCAAAAUAGUUUUCAAACAUCCUAUGCAUAGCUUCUGGAUCCCUUGUCGUUAUAAACAACAGAUGAGGUGGUAAACCAGCUUUUGGACAUGCAGACUUGUCCUACAGUGAGAUUAAAUUGUAUUUUUUCACAGCUAAGUGGUAGUCUCUAAAAGAGUGAGAACUAACUGGAAGCAUGCAUGCACCAACUAAGUUCCCAUUUUGGGU